GCUGUUCCGCCUGGAUUAGUGCUCUGAUUGGCCGCUUUCCCGGAGCGUUCGAUUUCGGAACCCCGGGGGUCGCCACGUUCGGAGCGAGCGAGGAUGAGUUGGGACUGGAUUGGCUUUAGCUAUGCCGCGCUGAUUGCUUCGGGUGGAGUAAUCGGUUAUACAAAAGCAGGUAGUGUCCCAUCUCUAGCUGCUGGCCUUCUCUUUGGGGGGUUGGCUGGGCUGGGUGCUUACCAGCAGUCCAAAGACCCAAAGAAUGUGUGGCUUUCCCUGAUUGCAUCUGGAACCUUGACUGCAGUUAUGGGGAUGAGAUUUUACAACUCCAGAAAAUUCAUUCCCGCAGGGUUAAUAGCUGGUGCCAGCAUCUUAAUGGUUGGGCGCCUUGGACUGAAGAUGAUGGAGAAGCCUCUUGAGCCAUAAUUCUGUGACUGGAAGGUGUGUGGAUGAGAAGUCUGAAAAUGCAGCUGCCUGAAUGUACUAUGCAAGAGAAGCAGAAGACACAGCCAUUUUGCUUAAAAUUUUUCUUAUCCUAAUGUGUGUGUGUUUUUUAGAGGAAAGGAAAUCAAGAGUCUUCAUCUUUUAAAAUGUCAUUUUUUCUUCACAUUUCCCACAUGGUGUAGCAAAAAAUGGGGUAUACCAUUAGUUUAUGUUCUGAUCCUGUAGCUAGUUGUACUUCGGUAUCUCAGGUCCUACAUACAGGCAGUUGCAGGAUUGAGGUGUUCAGUGCGUCUGGACUUGUUAUUCCCUGAGAAGUGUCUGCUUCCAAAUUUGGACACACAAAAUACUUUAUUUUUGGUAACUGGUGUGGGUGGGGGGGGAGAAACUGCCAACCUGCUACUAAUACUUAUUAUACAAAAUGUGCUCCGUCUGUUGUAACCUUGUGUCUUCACCUCCUGCCAUCAUUUUUGCCUGCCUCAUCCUAUCAUAAAUCUACAGUAUGAGCUAGCUUGAGCAGGGAAUUUCUUACUUAAUACUUAUUUGUACAAAGCCUGACAAGGAGAUCACAAAUCAAGGGUCAAGCCUCUAGGUGUAAUGUAUAAGGUAAGAGUAUCUAUAGCGAGUGUCUGGCUACACACCAUGAAAUUCACUCGAUAAUAAUUGUUGAGCUAUCUUUCAAAACUAUGCUUGAUCUGAAAAUGCUUGAAGCAUUAGCAUAUGUUAUUUCAAAGUCCGAAGAAUGUUUCUUUCACUUCUUAAAAUUAAGCAAGAGGUCAUUCCGAUUAAACAAAUAGAUGACUGUUAUGCUCAUGAAGAUCAAGUAGGGUACAAGUAUCACUCUUCUGGAUUGGGUCAGUUUCAUGCCAUCCUUGUAGUAUGCUUGGGUUAAUUUGUGAAAAUGAGUCAAUUUUAAGAUGUUAGUAUGUAUACGCAGUCAAUGAAUUACAGCCUCUUAGGUGGAAGGGGCAAAAAGAGUGAACAAAUACCAAUGCUUUAUUCUACUGUA